CCUUUAAGAGACAGUGUUUCCAGCAGCACAGAUCGGACCAGCUCGGAGCUUCACACUGCAGAGAACAUCCACAGCUGCCGUUACCUGACAGCUCCGCUCCGCUCGGCUCGGCUCGGCUCGGCUCGGCAGACACCGGGCCGGCUCACCACGGAACACAACAGCGUCCUGCAAGGGGGAAUGGGGGGCACCUAGCCCGUUCUGCUAGCCGACUUACAUUUCCUAGAAGCGGAGAAGGCUCCAGCAAGAUGGUAUCCUGGAUCAUUUCGAGGAUAGUUGUCCUUGCCUUUGGGACACUCUACCCGGCGUACUCCUCAUACAAGGCUGUCAAAACGAAGAAUGUGAAGGAAUAUGUAAAGUGGAUGAUGUACUGGAUAGUAUUUGCGUUGUUCACGACAGCAGAGACGGCCACAGACCUGCUCCUAUCAUGGUUUCCAUUUUACUUUGAGCUAAAGAUUGCUUUUGUGAUCUGGCUCCUGUCCCCAUACACCAAGGGCUCCAGCGUCCUCUACCGCAAGUUUGUCCACCCAACCUUGUCCAACAAAGAGAAGGAGAUAGACGAAUACAUAGCACAGGCCAAAGACAGGAGCUAUGAGACCAUGAUGAGGUUCGGAAAGCGGGGUCUCAACCUGGCUGCUAAUGCUGCCGUCACUGCAGCCACCAAGGGGCAGGGUGUUUUGUCAGACAAGCUGCGGAGUUUCAGCAUGCAGGACCUGACUCUGAUCAACGCCGAGGACGAGCUGGCUCUGCACACUUCAGAUGCCCGCAUGAGACGGGACCCCAUGGACGAGAUGAGCUCAGGGUCCAGCACGCUGCCACGCGCCAAGAGCACUGCUGCGCGCCAGACUCGCUCUCUAGCAGCCGCAUCCCUUGCCGAUGACACGUCAUCCCAACACAGCUCUGACCUGUCAGACACAAGGACUGAACACUCUGAUGAAGAUGUGGGAGACAAAGCCCCCAAACGCAGUACCAACACCAAGGCAACCAAGAAACCUGCUGCUGCUAAGACAGAGGCUCAAACCAAGACAGUGAAGAAGCCGGCCAAGAAAAAGACGACGGCUAAUAAUGCAGAGACGCCACCAUGAGUCCUGCUGUCCACGUCCGCCGACCUACACUCGCUCCACCUACAGCCUGCAGUCUCUUCUUCCCGUUUGGUCUCCACACAAACGCAUACACACUAUAUAGAUAUAUAUCAAUACCAAGCACCAAAACUGUGUCAAUCUUGCUGGUUUAGGUCAGGAACAGUUUUUUUUUUUCUUCCAUGUACUGCCUUGCUGCAUAUUUUUGUCUCACUCUGUAAGGUGAGCAUAUGAGAGACUUACCUGUUUUAACGGGAUUUAUUCUUAGAUGUACAUUUAAAACAUUUAAUUUAAACUGGUGAAGUAAUUGAAAAGGCUUGUUUUUGGUUUAACACAUAGAAUCUAAAUCUCAAGUUUCGUUAGUGUUUUGCGAUGCGCACUGUGUCGCCUGCAGUGACGUCCCAGAUCGAGGCUGUCUUUGGUUGAAGUAUUGGCGGUAAAACAUUUCAUAGGUGUCUUGGUUUCCCCUCUGGGCUCGUCCUACAUGGUUCCAGUCGCUCACACAGGCCACAAGUCUUCAUCUUGGUGUGGUCAUUGUGAAAGAAAUCUUUAGAAAGGGUCAUCUUUGGUGCACAGACAACCGAAGCAGUUGUCUUUUUGGGGUAUUGCUUUUAACCGAGGGGGGACAAGAUCAACCUUGAGGCGUGCAGACAUCCUUGAUACUGUUUUAGAUCUCAUCAGUCCUGCUUAUCUGCACCUCGGCUCAUAACAGUGUAGUUUUACAGCACUGUUGGUGACCUAAUCUGUUUUUUUCAACUCUUGGAACUGAUUUUUUUUAAAUUAUUUUUUGCCUCACAGUUUAAAUGUGAGCUUCUCCUCAGUUCGUCUGAAUAUCUGAGCGAGUCAGGCUCCGCUGCAUUCAGGUUUCACUUACAUCCUUACUGUUUUAAUGUGACUUUUGAGUCGCACACAAUGCUGGAGUGGUUUGUUUAGUGCUGGCUUAGUUAUCCUUCAUCUAGACGCUGCUCUUUAGUUGUAUUUGUUUGCGAUCACUAAUUUAUUAAGCUUUGUUUUUAUCCACCUCUUUGCGUCUUGUAUAAUUAGUAAUAAGGAUGAUCACUUGUGCUCAGCUGGGUCUCUUAAGCCAGUGCUGUGACUGAGUCGACCUAACUGGGAGCUCUCUCCCAAAUAAACACAGUAGUCAUAGAUAAGUUGCCAGUGUUUGUGAGGUAACGUAUCUGCUGUCACCACAGUAGUGACAUGUACAUGAUUUGUAUAUUUGCGUUCAACAUUCCAGAGUAAUGGAGUAGCUCUGCACCUUCUUUCACUCCUUUUACCCGACCUUCUCCAUCUUACCAUCCAGGAUGAAGCAAAGCAAUAUGGAAAUAAUGAAACGAACAAAACCAACAUCAGCUGACUGCGAGGAAUGGUUUUCUCAUCCCCGUGUUGCAGCCUCAGAUGUGGAGGGAGAGUCAGAGCAGGCUGUGGGUGUCUCUAAACACACUGGACUUGUGGUUGCCAGCCACUGCAUUUUCAUGGUUUCGUCCGAAUGCACUGAAAUGGGAAAUUUAAAAGCAUGAAGCUACGUCUGCGCUCAUCACUGCUGUCUGCGGUGUGACACUAGUUUGAACCAGUAGAGGGAGACAAACCACAACCUCAACUGUUGGCGAAGUUACUUAACAAUAUGUAAACUCCAUGUAAAUAGUUACCUUGACUGUAUAUACAGUAUGAGCUUGCUUGCCUUAUUCAUUCUCUGGGCUUAAAUCGCUGAAGUUUUUUAAAAAAAAAUCAUUUGUGUGCUUUUUUUUGGAUUCCUAGUCUUGACAAAUCACAUGUUCUGAGACCAGAGGAACCUCGGACUUUAUCACUAUAGACUUCUGGUGUUGGAAGUGAUAUUUGUAUUUUAAAUUAACAUGUCGACUUUUCUUUCUGUCUUUUUUGUUAAGACAUUUUAACUUUUCUGUGUCACACAGCAGGGACUCUGCAGAUCCUGAAGUGAUGCUUGUACAUUCACAACCUGCUAUGUUCUCUACUCGGACUGGUUGCAAAGUACUUUAGGGCCAAAAGUUAGAAACCAGCCUGUUUUCUUUUUCUUAAUUUAAUGUUUGCACUGAAUAAAAAGAAGACGUCACAUACCCCAGAUCCAGCUCCGCUUUUUAUCUUGUGUCAGUUUUGGAUAUUUAUUGUUGAUUACUUUCAGUUUGAAAUCAGUAUUGUAUACAGGAAGUUCAUUUGUAUAUUGUUUGUGCCAAUUCUCAAAGCUCCAUAUCAAAAGGAUAAGAGUGUGUGAGUGUGUGUGCUGGCACAAUGGUACCUAACAAGGUCAUGUAUCAGUGAAUAAACUACUAAUAAAGGAAAUGAAACCUG